CUUUACAACCCAGCCCUAUCAUUCAUGUAGUCUUCACUCACCUACAUUGUCAAACCUGGACUGAGGGUGUGUUUCGGAGGUUUCCUCGGCAGAGGAGAAGGGUGGACGUCAAUGGAGUUCACUCUCACUCCAGCUCCUCGUGGAGUUGCAAGUGUGGAGGAACCAGCGGCCAUCCCCACUGGUCGUUUGGGGUCAGUCAUUGAGGAAAUAGAGCCUGUAGAAAUAGAGCAGCAUGAUGAUGACAAAAGUCAACCUGCAGGAACUACUGUUUGCCCGGCCCCAUACUCAUAUGACAGUUCUUCAUCAUCCUCUGACAGUGAGGAUAAAUGCAAGAUGGAAAAGAAGAAGAAGAAACUGAAGAAGAAGAGGAAAAAGAAAGAUUCCAGUUCCUCUUCCUCCUCCUCUUCCUCCUCCUCUUCCAGCAGCUCUUCAGACAGCGAGAGUGAGGAUGACAAGAAAAAGAAAAAGGAGAAGAAGAAGAAGAAAGUGGUGAAUGAGUACAUGUGGGACCGGUUGAUCGUAGCACCAACUGACGAACAAAUGGGAGUUCCCGGGUACACGGAGUUAAAACAGGUUUCCAGCUUAUCCUAUGAUGACAAUGACAAAAAGGACAAGGAGGAUAAGAAGACAAAGAGCAAGGAUUCCACUUCAUCUGACAGUGACGAGAAGAAGAAGAAGAAGAAGAAAAAGGACAAAAAGGAGAAGAAGAAGAAAGACAAGAAGAAGAAAAAGAAGAAAGACAAGAAGAAGAAGAAAAAGCAUUCAAGCUCCAGUUCAUCAAGUUCCAGUUCCUCAAGUUCCAGUGACAGUGACAAGGAAAACAAAAAGGUCAAGAAAGAAAAGAAGAAAAAGGAGAAUAAAAUUCCUGGUGUUGAGCAAAGUGGUGAUCCACAAAUGCAAGUGUCUGACCCGGGUACGAGUGGAUACUCGGCCUUUAGCAGAAGCUCCAAGCCCGGUGGUGCUCCCGUUAUCACAUUUCCAUUGCUUCCCUCCAAACCUGUUGUAAACCUGGAUCCUCCGAACCUUCCACUCACCUCACUCUCCAAUCCAGCAGUGACCCCAACUGCUGGCGGAGAUCGGGCACCCGUUCGCAGACCCUUAAGCCCCAUGGAGUCAUUGAUGGGGAGUACCGGUACAUUUCGGUACAGGGAUGCAGGGGCCCGUUCCACCCCACACCUCAGCUCUACUGGUCUAUACAGAAGCACUCGGUCUUACAAGUGAUGAGAUGUCCAAACUAUUCACAGAUGACAAUAUAUGAGGGGUAAUUGAAAAGUGCUUCAACGAUAUAUCACUCUGUGAGAGUCUGAUAAGACGUCUAAUACUGAAUCAAAGGAAACGUCUGUUUGCUGAGGAAUCAUUGUGCUGACAAAAAAGAUGAUUUGAUGGGG